CAGUUUCAUCGCCAUACUCGUUUUCAGCAGCGAGCUCCAGCUUGUGAGGUUUAGAGAGGGAGAGAGAGAAGGAGGGAAGAAGAAGAAGAAGAAGAUGGAGGGAAGAGAAGAGGACGUGAGAGUGGGAGCCAACAAGUUCUCGGAGAGGCAGCCGAUCGGGACGGCGGCGCAGACCCAGGACGGGAAGGACUACCGGGAGCCGCCGCCCGCACCGCUGUUCGAGCCCAGCGAGCUCACUUCCUGGUCGUUCUACAGGGCCGGGAUCGCCGAGUUCGUGGCCACGUUCCUGUUCCUGUACAUCACGGUGCUGACGGUGAUGGGGGUGAGCCGGUCGCCGACCAAGUGCGCCUCGGUCGGGAUUCAAGGGAUCGCGUGGGCGUUCGGCGGCAUGAUCUUCGCCCUCGUCUACUGCACCGCCGGCAUUUCGGGAGGCCACAUAAACCCGGCGGUGACCUUCGGGCUGUUCCUGGCGAGGAAGCUGUCGUUGACGAGAGCCGUCUUCUACAUGGUGAUGCAGUGUCUUGGAGCUAUUUGCGGUGCUGGGGUGGUCAAAGCGUUCGGAAAGAGCCAGUACGAGCUGCAUAAUGGCGGCGCCAACAUGGUCAGUGCCGGCUACUCCAAGGGCGACGGCCUUGGCGCCGAGAUCGUCGGUACCUUCGUCCUCGUCUACACCGUCUUCUCUGCUACCGACGCCAAGCGAAGUGCCCGAGACUCCCACGUUCCUAUUUUGGCACCCCUGCCUAUUGGGUUCGCGGUGUUCUUAGUGCACCUGGCCACCAUCCCCAUAACAGGAACUGGCAUCAACCCUGCUCGGAGCCUCGGGGCAGCGAUCAUCUACAACAAAGACCCUGCCUGGGAUGACCAGUGGAUUUUCUGGGUCGGACCAUUCAUCGGGGCGGCCCUAGCGGCUCUGUACCACCAGGUGGUGAUAAGGGCCAUCCCCUUCAAAUCCAGCUGAACGAAAGAGAAACGAGACGUGAUUCCGAACCGGGAAAAGUAAAGAACAUCAUGGGGAAAGGUCUGAUGGUCCCGGGGUCUCGGGAGAUGAUUAAAGCAUGGUCCGAGUUUUUGUGUUUUCGCUUCAGUGUUUUUUAGCCCUAGAAUUGGAAUAUCUCUCUCUCUCUCUCUCUCUAUCUGUGGCUUCUAGUCCGAGAGAAAAUGGUGUGGUGCGGAGGGCCCAUGAAUAUAUGAAGAUGAUGGGCUUUCGUACGUAUGGUUCUGUCGUCUUUGUCUAUGAAAAAGUUAAAAAUGAUUCGUCGAUAUGGAGAUGCAAUCCUUGAUUUUUCGCGCA